GUAUCGAUAGCUCUGAUGUCUUGCCACCACUAACGUAGACGCCGAAAACGCGCAAUUUUUUCAUCCGCCGGAAUUUGCAAAUGCGAAUAAUAUUUGUUAACUGAGUUCGACUGGGGCAUUUCAAUCGCAGUUACCGUCAACGACUCCGGCAGCAAGAUGUCAAGCUUUGUGCUGGAUAAAGAGGCUUUUGUGCGCCGCGUUAAGCGCCUCUACACGGAAUGGAAGGCUCCCAGCAUCGGGCACGACGACGCCCUGAGCAAUUUGGACUGCAUCAUGAGCGUGGUGGGCGCCGACGAGGAUGUGAUCUACUCCAAGUCCAUGGCCCUCCAGCUCUGGCUUCUGGGCUAUGAGCUAACGGACACAAUCUCCGUGUUUGCCUCGGACGCGAUCUACUUCCUGACAAGCAAGAAGAAGAUCGAGUUCCUGAAGCAGACGCAAAAUAUCAGCGAGGAGGGCUUUCCAGAAAUCAAGCUGCUAGUGAGGGACCGUACGGACAAGGACAAGGGAAACUACGAGAAACUGAUCAAGGCCAUACAGAACUCAAAGAAGGGCAAGCGUUUGGGCGUCUUCACCAAGGACGCCUAUCCUGGCGAGUUUAGUGAGGCAUGGAAGAAGUCGCUGAUGGACUCAAAGUUCGAGCAUGUCGACAUUAGCACAAUCAUUGCCUACUUAAUGUGUCCGAAAGACGAGUCCGAGAUAAACAACAUACGCAAAGCCUCACUGGUGUCCAUGGACAUCUUCAAUAAGUAUCUCAAAGAUGAGAUCAUGGACAUCAUUGAUUCAGACAAGAAAGUCAAGCACACCAAGCUGUCGGAUGGCUGCGAGUCGGCCAUUACUGAGAAGAAAUACACCAGCGGCUUGGAUCCCCGAUUGCUGGACAUGGCCUAUCCUCCAAUCAUUCAGUCGGGCGGCAACUACAGUCUCAAGUUCUCUGCCGCUUCCGAUAAAAAUGUCCUGCAUUUCGGCGUGAUUGUGUGCUCAUUGGGGGCCCGCUACAAGUCCUACUGUUCGAAUAUAUCGCGCACCUUCUUGGUCAACCCCACUGAGGCCAUGCAGGAGAAUUACACGUUUCUGGUAAGCGUGCAGGAGGAGAUACUCAAGCUGCUGGUGCCCAGCACCAAACUGUGCGAGGUUUAUGAGAAAACGUUGGCGUACGUGAAGAAAGAGAAGCCCGGCAUGGUCGAUAAUCUAACCAAGAGUUUCGGAUUCGCAAUGGGCUUGGAGUUCCGGGAGAACUCCAUAGUGAUUGGGCCCAAGUGUCAGGCGCUUAUUAAGAAGAAUAUGGUCUUUAAUCUCCACGUUGGCAUCUCGAAUCUAACAAAUGCCGAUGCCACCGACAAGGAGGGCAAGACCUAUGCCCUUUUCAUUGGCGACACUGUGCUUGUGGGCGAACAAUCACCGGCCAGUGUGAUGACUCCCUCCAAAAAGAAAAUCAAGAACGUGGGCAUCUUUAUCAAGGACGACAGCGACGAGGAGGAGGAGGACGCGGAUGAUAAGAAGGCAGCCCAGGAAGACAAAAGCACAGAGAUUCUAGGACGAAGCAAGCGCAAUGCUGUGAUGGACUCAAAGCUGCGCAACGAGAUAAAUACAGAAGAGAAGCGCAAGGAGCAUCAGCGCGAGCUGGCCCAGCAGCUAAACGAAAGGGCCAAGGAGCGUCUGGCAAAGCAGGGAGACACCAAGGAGGCGGAAAAAGUGCGCAAGAAUACAGUCUCGUACAAGUCUAUGAGCCAGAUGCCACGCGAGCCAGAGGUCAAGGAGCUUAAGCUGUAUGUGGACAAAAAAUACGAGACUGUCAUUAUGCCUGUCUUCGGCAUCCAAGUGCCGUUUCACAUUUCCACCAUCAAAAAUAUCUCGCAGUCCGUAGAAGGCGAGUACACGUACUUGCGCAUCAACUUCUUUCACCCGGGCGCCACGAUGGGUCGCAACGAGGGCGGUCUAUACCCACAACCGGAGGCCACAUUUGUCAAGGAAGUGACCUACCGUAGCUCGAACGUCAAGGAACACGGUGAAGUCGCUGCACCGUCGGCGAAUCUUAACAACGCUUUUCGGCUGAUCAAAGAGGUGCAGAAACGCUUCAAGACCCGAGAGGCGGAGGAGCGCGAAAAGGAGGAUCUUGUGAAGCAGGACACACUCAUUCAAUCGCAGAACAAGGGCAAUCCCAAGCUCAAGGACCUCUACAUUCGACCCAAUAUCGUCACCAAGCGUAUGACGGGCAGUCUGGAGGCGCAUACCAAUGGCUUCCGCUACAUCUCUGUGCGCGGCGACAAGGUCGAUAUCCUGUACAACAACAUCAAGAGCGCCUUCUUCCAGCCCUGCGACGGCGAGAUGAUCAUCCUGCUUCACUUCCACCUCAAGUAUGCCAUUAUGUUUGGCAAGAAAAAGCACUUGGAUGUGCAAUUCUACACGGAAGUGGGCGAGAUCACGACGGAUUUGGGCAAGCAUCAGCACAUGCACGAUCGCGACGAUCUGGCAGCCGAACAGUCGGAGCGGGAGCUUAGGCACAAACUGAAGACGGCCUUUAAGAGCUUCUGCGAAAAGGUUGAGGCGAUGACAAAGUCGGUGGUGGAAUUCGACACGCCGUUCCGCGAGCUGGGCUUCCCCGGCGCCCCAUUCCGCAGCACCGUCACCCUUCAGCCAACGUCCGGCUCUCUGGUCAAUCUCACCGAAUGGCCGCCAUUUGUCAUCACCCUAGACGACGUCGAGCUGGUGCACUUUGAGCGUGUGCAGUUCCACCUGCGCAAUUUCGACAUGAUCUUCGUGUUUAAGGAAUACAACAAGAAGGUGGCCAUGGUUAAUGCCAUUCCAAUGAACAUGCUGGAUCACGUCAAGGAGUGGCUCAACUCCUGUGACAUUCGUUAUUCGGAGGGCGUCCAGUCGCUGAACUGGCAAAAGAUUAUGAAGACCAUCACAGACGAUCCUGAGGGAUUCUUCGAGCAAGGCGGCUGGACCUUCUUGGACCCCGAAUCGGGCAGCGAGGACGAGAACGAAACAGCCGAAUCCGAGGAGGAUGAGGCCUACAAUCCUACAGAUGCCGAAUCGGAUGAGGAGUCGGACGAGGACUCCGAGUACUCGGAGGCUUCCGAAGAUGAGAGCGACGAAAGUGAUGAUGAUUUGGGUUCUGAUGAGGAGUCUGGUAAGGAUUGGUCCGAUCUAGAGCGCGAGGCCGCCGAAGAGGAUCGAAACCAUGAUUAUGCCACCGAUGACAAGCCACGCAAUGGAAAGUUUGAGCCCAAGAAGCACGGCAAGAGCUCAAAGCACAGUCGCCGCGAACGCGAGGAACAGCGAUCGUCUUCGUCGCACAGUAAAAAGCAUAAGUCGAACUCCUCCUCCUCCUCUUCGCAUUUAAAAUCCUCCAGCUCCAAACAUGGCAGCUCAUCUAGCCCAUCGAAAUCGUCCAAGGAUAAGUACCACAACCGGGACAAGCAUCAUUCCUCCUCGUCGUCGGGACACAAGAGCAGCAGCAAGGACAAGGAUCGCAAACGUUCGCGGGACGACAGCCGCGACAAUGGUCACAAAUCGAAGAAGUCGCGUCAUUAGGAGGAUCCUCCUCUCCUCUUUCAUCGAAUUAAAUUUUUUAAUCCUUCCUGUUAUCAUUGUCAGUCUGUUAUGAGGUCCCCCCACAAUCCAUUCACCCUUUUCUCACUUGGAAGUUGUAUUACAAAUUAAAUAUAAUACGCGAUUA